UUCACUUGAGCAUCAAUCAACAAAACCACAGUGUAUCUGUCUUUAUACAAGCUUUCUUCAAUUUCAACAUUCAAGAAUCAAGUGUUUGCAAAGAUGAGUUCUACAAGCAGAGCAUGGGUUGUUGCAGCUAGUAUUGGAGCUGUGGAGGCUCUGAAAGAUCAAGGUAUUUGCAGAUGGAACUACACAGUAAGGUCAGUUGUGCAGCAUGCCAAGAACCAUGUGAGGUCAGCUUCACAGGCCAAGAACCUCUCCUCUCAAUCCUCAGCUGCAAUUUCAAAGGGACUGAACAAGUAUAAACAAUCAGAAGAGUCUUUGAGGACUGUCAUGUACUUGAGCUGUUGGGGUCCCAACUGAGCCAUAAAUCUGUCAAAAUCGAUGACAAUUUACAAGGAACAUUCUUAAUUUGGGUGAAUCAUUGACUCCUGAGUGCAAGCUUUGGUCAAUCAAAACAAGGUUUGAGGACUGGGGGCAUGGCUGGGUUCUUUGCUUGCAUAAUGUAUAUAACUUACAAAUGGAUGUAAGAAAUGAGUUCUCUGUCUUCAUAUAACUAAUGAAAAGAAUUUUGAGAAUUGCUUGUUUUUCA